AGCAAAUCAAGAAAAAGAUGAGGGUGUCAAGGAAUGGAGAGAGGGAAAAGAUUGGAGGGAAGGAAAGGAUUGGAGGGAAGGGAAAGAAUGGAGGGAGGGGAAAGAAUGGAGGGAGGGGAAGGAAUGGAGGGAGGAAAAAGAAAACCAUGAUAUCUCUGAGAAUAAUAAUUCAACGGAUAAAAACAAGAACUCCUCGCUUACCCCUGACAUUGAUGUCAUUCAGCAAACUCUGUAUACACAAGGAAUGUGUAAAUGGACUGGAUGUGAUGCUAGAUGUGAAGAAAUAACGGACUUUAUCAAACAUUUACAGGUUGAGCAUGUACUAGACGACAAGAGUACUGCACAGGCUCGUGUACAAAUGCAGAUCGUGUCACAACUAGAACUACAGCUGCAGAAGGAGAGAGAAAGGCUACAGGCAAUGAUGACCCACCUCCAUCUGAACAAGAAGAGACAGGAGGAGAGGAGGAUGCAGGAGGAGCAGAAGGAGAUCUCCAGAUCUCCGGAACCUAUGCAACCUCAGGCCAGCCUCCAGAAACCUAUGGGAUUCGGUCCUCCGAUGCCAAACAUGGGAUUCCCUCCGAACCUCGGAGGCAUGCCUGGUUUCCCUGGUGCUAGACCUCCUGGUUUCAGUUUUCUUCCUCCUGGUGCCGGCAAUCAAGGUAUGGGAUCAGGUCCAAUUAGAAGAAGAAUCACUGAUAAGAACCCUAUCUCUCUUCCUUCAGGGUUUCCAUACAUGUUUGAUAGAACUGGACUUGAUAUAGCCCAAGAAAUCCACAGAAAUCGUGAGUUUUAUCGAACCCACGAUGUUAGACCUCCUUUCACAUACGCGUCUCUUAUUAGACAGGCAAUCAUAGAAGCUCCCAGAAAACAACUGACUCUUCAUGAGAUCUACACGUGGUUCACAGCUGUAUUCUGCUAUUUCCGUAGAAAUUCAGCCAGCUGGAAGAACGCUGUGAGACACAACCUUUCUCUGCAUAAAUGCUUUAUGCGGGUAGAGAAUGUAAAAGGUGCGGUGUGGACCGUUGAUGAAGUUGAAUACCAUCGCCGCCGUCCACAACGGGGCUGUUCAUCAGGGAAUGUUCAAACUAAAAGUCCCACGUUGAACCAACACGGACUAAACUCUCCACCCUUCUCUGAUACUAUCAACAACAGUUUAAAGGUAAGGAAACAACAUUGGACCAAAGGUAAGAAAACAACAUUGGACCAAAGAAAUUCCAGUUUUGAAUCUCUACGAGGUCGAUAUUUCCCUGGACCUGAACCCCUUGAUACUGAUCUUCUUCUUAAACAUAUGGCAGGAGAACAGGAGCAGUUCAACCUGCACCUUAGACAGGAGGUUGAGCAGGGGGCAGAACCUAG